UACCAUCGAUUGUUAUUGAAGUGGUUGAGGCAACAAGUAGUUGGUUGGUCUCGACACAUUAAGUACACGCAACGUGCCGCGUCGGUCGUCGGGUAUACAGAUACUUAAAUACUUGAAUCUCACACACAGGAACACCACCUAGAAAUCUCCCCAUAAUGUAUCCCUUUGGUUCUGGAAUGCCUUAUUCAUCGCAUCCACCUACUACUAAUGAGCCACCACCAAAUGCGGCACCCUUUGGAGCUGGUUGGGUGCCACCGAUGCAGCAGAAUUCACUAUACACCUCCACGCCGCCAUACCCACCACAGCCAAGCCAUCACCAACCCCACCAACCCCAUCAACCCCAUCAGUAUCCACCCAGUCAGCAUGGUGGCUAUCCACCCUAUCCGGCAUCAUCCGCCUCCGCAUCCGCAUCCUACCCGUAUCCCAACUCCAAUCCGUAUCCUAAUCACAACUCAAAUCCAUACCCAGUGACACAAUCGCAUCCUUCCCCAUCCCCGUCCCAUAGCCAUAGCCAUAACAUUCAUCAGCUGCAUGGGGGCGCUCAGGCUGCUCCGUAUCCGUAUCCAGGGGCCCAACCAGCUACCAAUUCCCCCUAUCCCACUGGCAGUGGAUUCACUCCAGCCAUGACAGCCGGAUACGAUGCUGGGCAUGGUCAUGGUCAUGGCCAUGGCCAAUGGCAGGGUCAAUGGCAUGGGCAUGAGCAUGGGCACGGGCACGCGCAUCGGUCACCCACAGCUCACAAAGAGGGAACGCCCACUCUAUUCCCUGCACAAGGCUUUGAUCCCGUCAAGGAUGCCCACGACUUGCGCAAGGCCAUGAAGGGCUUCGGCACGGAUGAGAAUGCGCUCAUCAAUAUCAUCUGCAGGCGUACGAACGAACAGCGCCAGGAGAUCCAGCGCCAGUACAAGACCCAUUUUGGCAAGGACCUGAUCGAGGACAUCAAAUCGGAGACGAGCGGUAAUUUUGAGAAGUUGCUCGUGGGUCUGCUCCACCCGAUUGUCGACUACUACUGUGCAGAGCUGAACGAUGCCAUGGCCGGCAUUGGCACGGACGAAGAGGUACUCAUCGAGAUCCUCUGCACGCUAUCCAACAUGGAGAUAUACACCAUCAAAAACCAGUACUUACGCUUGUACGGCGCACAUCUGGAGUCCGAGCUGAAGUCGGAGACAUCGGGCAACUUUAAGCGUUUGCUCACCUCGCUCUGCACAGCAGCACGCGACGAGAGCGGUCGCAUCGAUCCCGAUCAGGCCAAGGAUGAUGCCAGGGAGCUGCUGAAAGCGGGCGAACUACGUGUCGGCACCGACGAGAGCAUGUUCAACAUGAUCCUGUGCCAAAGGAACUAUGCACAAUUGAAGAUGAUAUUCCAAGAGUAUGAGGGCAUGACCGGCCACUCGCUGGAGAAGGCCAUCAAGAAGGAGUUCUCCGGUGACAUUAUGGAGGGCCUGAUUGCCAUUUUCCGUUGUGUGACCAACAAGGCGGACUACUUUGCCUCACGUUUGCACAAGGCCAUGGCUGGCAUCGGCACCAACGACACCCAGCUGAUCCGUGUCAUCAUUACACGCUGCGAGAUUGAUAUGUCGGACAUUAAAGUGGCCUUUGAGCGUCUGUAUGGCAAGUCUCUAAAGAGCUGGAUCAAGGGCGACACUUCUGGCCAUUAUAAGCAUGCCCUUUACGCACUGGUGGGGGAGCAGCGCUCAUCUUAAGUUUAUUCCUAUUAUUAAUUAUUCAAAUUAAAUCAAAUCAAAAGCAAAAAAAAAAAGGUUCAAUUAUUCGAAUAUGUAUUCUCUUUUUCCUAUGUAUUUUAUUAUAAUUUACAUAUAUGUAUACGUACGUACACACACGCCCAGGGAGAUGGACAAUGUUGAUGACGAUGACCAACUUUUUGUAGACACUAAGUGCUCACAGAUAUUACCUGAAUUGUCAGUAAUUUGUUAUAAACAAUUUUUAAGCAAGCCAAGAAAGCCAAAUAUUUGAAUGGUUCUACUCCUCCACUCACCACACCCUACAUACACAUACAUUCAAAGGGCAAAACGAUUUUCCCUUAAACACACAAUUCUUUAUUUUAUUAUUCUUUAAAUUGUACAAUAAAAAACUACCAGUACGAGCAACCAGUGAAAAUAGAUUAGAUUUACUUCAUCGAUCUGUGCCUAAAAAUGUAAAUCUAUUGCCUAUGCUGAAGCAUUUAAAAAACUUUCGAAAACAUACACCGAAAUAUUGUAUUGUAGAAUAGUAUGCAUUUUCAAUCAUUACACUUUUAUAAAUAUAUCUACCAUACAUUUAUUGUA